CGGCGGCCGAGUCGGCGGCGCCAUUGUAGGCGGGGAGCGUGCGCCCGGAAGCGACCGCAGCUGAUUUUGGUACAGAAUCAAGUUUUCAUACAUCAAAGUAAAGAAAGCUGAGAUGGCAAUCUCUGUUGAAGGCUGAAAAUGAAAGAUAGUGAACCUGAUGAAGUGGAUAAACUGAAGACAAAAUUUAUGUCCGCAUGGCACAAUGUGAAGUAUGGGUGGAUUGUGAGAACCAAAACAAAGUUUAGUAGAAACUCGCCUGUCUUUUUGCUGGGAAAAUGCUAUCAUUUCAAGUCAGAGGGAAAGGAUGAGAGUGCAUCAGGCUGCACAGAUACAGUAACAAACACUGAACUGAUUUCAGAUAAUGUGCAUCAGUUCCGUAAGGACUUCAUCACUAGGAUUUGGCUAACAUACCGACGUGAGUUCCCACAGUUAAAAGGAUGCACUCUCACAACAGAUUGUGGCUGGGGCUGCACACUGAGGUCUGGUCAAAUGUUGUUAGCACAAAGUCUUCUGCUCCAUUUUCUUGGUCGAGAUUGGGUAUGGGCAGACGUGCCACAGAUGGUUCCGUUAGAAUCUGAGUUAUUCAAAUCCAACACAUCAGAGACUGAUGAAUCAGGUUUUACCUUCCUACCACCUUUAGAAAAAUCACUACAGGACAUGAGUGAACAACUGGACUUGCCAAGUAAUGAAAAGCGAUCUCUAAAUCCAGUCAGCACAACAAAUGAGGAUGAAAAGUUGCACAGAACUAUAAUCACUUGGUUAGGCGACAGUCCAGAGGCAAUAUUUGGAAUACAUAAACUGAUAGAGUUGGGUGAAAACUCUGACAAGCGAGCUGGAGAUUGGUAUGGCCCAGCUUUAGUUGCACAUAUUCUAAGGAGAGCAGUGGAAGAUGCAGUGGAGCCCGAGCUGCAAGGAAUAACAGUUUAUGUUGCUCAGGACUGUACGGUUUAUAUUGCUGAUGUAAUGGAGAAACACUUACAAACUGUUGAAUGUGGAAUACCAGGUUCAUCAGACAGGAAUGCUGUUCUUAUCCUAAUACCGGUGAGACUCGGAGGAGAGAAGGUCAACCCUGAAUACAAAGAGAUUCUAAAGGGGAUCUUAAGUCUUGAGUUCUGUGUCGGAAUUAUUGGUGGGAAGCCAAAGCAGUCUUUCUACUUUGUGGGAUUUCAAGAUGACAGUUUAAUUUACAUGGAUCCUCAUUACUGCCAAUCAUUCGUGGAUGUCAGCAUGAAGGAUUUUCCACUUGAGUCUUAUCACUGUCCAUCUCCAAAAAAAAUGUCAUUUGGUAAAAUGGAUCCUAGCUGCACAAUAGGACUUUAUUCAUCCAACAAAUAUUAUUUUGAACACAUAAUUGAUGAAGUAACAAAGGUUUUCAGCUCUCCUUCUAAGGAGAAAUAUCCACUAUUUACUUUUUCAGAGGGUCAUGCUAAAGAUUAUGAAGUUAAUAAACACAGUACACUGAAAACUGAAUCAAUAACACAGGACUCUGGGACUCGGAGGAGGAAAGCAGAAAGGUUGAGUAAUGAGGAAUUUGUUUUGUUGUAACAGAAUUUCACAGUAACUACAAUGGGGUUUCCUGCCAUUGCUGGCAGAAACUAUGGGUGCCUACUAACAUUGAUGGAUAAUCUGUGAAACAUCUGCAAAAGUAUAUAUUUCACUGUAUAAAAAUGUAAACUUAAGUGUCUUUUUUGUAAUUUACUA